UUUACCAUUGGUAAAAGACCCAAAUUCUCAGUAGCCCAAAAAAUAAAAACCCUAAGUGGAUGGUAUAUAUAAGUCUUGAACGCCGCUGUGUCCUUCUUUAACCCAGAAAAAAAGGAGCUCUUCCAGGGUUUCUUUGCAUCUGUGCUGCCAUGGGGAAGGGAACAGGGAGUUUUGGUAAGAGGAGGAACAAGACCCACACCCUCUGUGUUAGGUGUGGCCGCCGUAGCUUCCACCUCCAGAAGAGCCGUUGCUCCGCCUGUGCUUUCCCUGCUGCCCGCAAGAGGAAAUACAACUGGAGUGAGAAGGCAAUCAGGAGGAAGACAACUGGAACUGGAAGGAUGAGGUAUCUCCGCAAUGUUCCUCGCAGGUUCAAGAGUGGUUUCAGAGAAGGCACCCAAGCAGAACCAAGGAAGAAGGGCACAGCGGCAUCUGCUUAAGUUGAAGUUUUUGAAAAUUGCUGGCUAGGUAACUGCUAUUGACUACUGACUGAGACCCCAUGGUGCUGUGAAAUCAGAAAAUCCAUAGCAAGAUUAGUUUUAAAAUUUAUUGCAAUCUGUUGGUCCAAGCAAUACAUCCCCUCGCCAAAGAUUGGAUGAUGUUGAGUAAACUUCAUGUUCAGUAAUGUAUUCAAACAUAUAAACGCUAUGUAAUGGGAUGAGAUGAUUUAUUACUUUUCUUUUAUUUGGCUGCAAAUCUAUUAGUAAUGUAAUGAAGGAGGUUUUGCAGAGGUUUCUUUCUGUAAUUUUUCGAUACAAAUAUCCAUCGUUUUAUUUAUAAAUUAAUACUUCAUUGAA